UUAGUUACCAGGUGUCAUAGCACCAGCUCCGUGUCCUCAGAGUCACUGUCAUCAAGGAGACCUCUCACUGUUUGCUGCUGCAGCCCCACAUGGACAAGUAUGUUCCCACAGCUCCUCCCCAAUUCCCCAUAACACAGCUGGGAACAUUUAAACAAGACUCCGCAGGAAAGGGAUGGAUACUCAAGGGGAAUUUUCUGCGGAAGGAAGCACCUACCACAUUGAGUUUGUGGUUUGAAAAUGAACACCAUAUUCAUUUCUUCACAUUGUUGGUUCUUUUCCAUGUAAUUGGUGUUGCUGAGGAUCACAGCAGGAUACAAGGUAUUUCUGGAGACUGGAAAAGGGCAAACAGCAUAUUUUGA